GAGCAUUAAAGAGUCGUGGGCGAAUCAAUUUUUAUCGUUGACGUACAAAAACGGAAAAAUGGAAAACGACGAUGCAAAUCAUAUUGCGCUCAUAUUAACGAUCAAAAAUGGAAAGUUCGACGAUGCAAGUAAAAUUUUGGAGUGCGAUGACGAAAAUAAAUACGUAGGUCCGUUAGGUGUCCUUCAAGUGACAGCUCUUCAGAUGGCUGCGUGGCAAGGAAACAUAGAUCUGUUGAAUCAACUCUGCGAGAGAGGCGCCGAUAUAAACAGCAAAGAUAAAAUUGGUAGGUGCGCACUUUAUUAUGCGGCGUACAACGGUAAUACUGAAGUGAUCAAGUGGCUUCUUGAACAUGGAGCACAUAUCGACAUCAAAAUGUACUCAUGUACUGAAGAUAUUGGGUCUGAUGAGUACCGAAUCAGAUAUAACCCGUAUGCUUAUCAUCUCCGGCUAACAAAUUCCAGUCUCGUAGGAAGGCAGUUACCAGUACCUACGUGCUGGGGAAGAACGCCCUUGCAUCAGGCGGUGGAAAAUAAUCACGCAGACGUUGUGCGCGUUUUAGUGGAAGGCGGAGCGGAUGUGAAUGUUAAAGAUGAGAACCAGAUUACACCGUUGUUCUUAGCAGGAAUAUCGGUGAAUCGCGACAAUCUCAAUGAGAUGAUUAAGUUCCUUGAGAUCGUUGGGAUUCUAGUCGCCGCGAAGGCGUCCGUUAACGCUUUUCCAAAUUCGAGUAUCACUGGUCUGCACGUUAGGGUAAUGCUGCGCAGUGCAGCAGCAACGAAGAUAUUAUUGUUAAAUGGUGUAUGGCCAUUAAAGAACUCCGGAAGUAUGCUCCUUCAUAUUGCCGCGAGAAUAGGCAAUAUUGAAACACUAACAAUUUUACUUGAAGCAAUGUCACCCGAGUUUGAUAUUGAUAUACCUGAUGAGGAGAAUCAUACGGCUCUUCAUAUAGCAGUUUAUCAAGGUCAUCGCGAGUGCGCACAUACUUUGAUCAGUCGUGGAGCUAAUUUAGCUGCAGUAACGAAUACUCGAGCUACCGCCGUGGAUGCUAUAUUUGAUUAUAUUUGGCAACCAUUAGACUUCUUAACAGAUGUCUUAAAUUCUUGCGUAACAACAGGCAAAUAUUAUCGUAUAAAGAAAAAAUACAUUUAUAUCAAGAUCGACUUCAGUAUAUUGGUUCCAGAAGAUCAGACGCAAAUGGCAGUAGUCACAGCUAUUAUUGCCGCAGCUUCGAAUAUAAAGCAACUGGCAAUAUUACAGCAUCCAGUUGUAGAGACCUUUCUCGGAUUAAAGUGGGAGAGAUUAAGAAUAUUUUUCUUUGUUCUUAUAUUCAUACACUUGUCUUUUGUUAUUUUUCUCUCAAACUAUGCUUUAAUGAUUGCACAAAAUGAUACAGAUCACGUGGUGACUCAAACAAUCGUAGCAUUGUGGUCUUGCAUAUUUUUGCUUUACAAUACGAUUCAAGUUAUAUCAAAACCAAAGAAUUAUUUGAGACAAUUAGAACCAUGGUUGUCAUUCAUAUGCGCCAUAUUAUCCUUGAUAACAUCGAUAGCGGGAAAGUUCGUAAAGUGUUCAAAGGAAGAAAUCGAGUCUCGAGUGCAUUGCAUGGACUGGGUGCUACAUUCCAUCAGCAUCGCAAUCUUGUUGAGUUGGAUGCAAAUGAUGUUGUUAAUUAGCCGAGUUCUAAUGUGGGGAGAUUAUGCGCUCAUGUUUUACACAGUGUUGAAGAACAUUUUAAAGGUUAACCAGAAUAAUUAACCUAUUGUUUUUUCUUAGAGCAAAUUAUUAUGAUUCAUACAUUUACUAAAAAUCUAAUUACAAAACAUAUAGUUAGCAUUUGUCAAUUUUUCAUCACAAAUCCGUUUUUUUUUUCUUAAUCCUUGAACACACCGAUCCUGUAAAAUACGGAAACACAUUUUUGGGUCUGGGAGACUUUUUCACCUUUGAGAAUCAAUAUUUUUUU